AUGGUUACCAUUUUGGUUAAAGACAUUACAAUUGUCAAUGUCUAUAAUCAACCGAAACCAUCCAAGAAAUACCCUGAGCCACCGGUUUUUGAGUUUCUCAAACGGGAGAUCAAGGAACAAUACUCAAAGAUUGUCAUUGCAGGUGAUUAUAACUUACAUCACAAGGAAUGGGAGUCAAGGGCAGAUUGGGAAAAGUUUGACAAGGAGCUUUCUUCUGCCAUUAAAGAUUUUAAUGUGCAUAACAAAACUCUAAAAUCAACUGACCAAAUUGAUGACCAAGCUAAAGUUCUUGAGGAGGUUGUAAAAAGAGCAAUGGCAAAGUCGAUGAAGGAAGUUAAGGUGAUGAAAAAGUCCAAACGCUAUUGGAAUCAAGAAUUAAGGGAGAAAAAAGAAGAUGGAACUCUCACUACUACUGUUGACGAAAAAAGACAUGAAAUAUGGAAGGCACUUCUACCUGAAAUUGAUCAUGGUCUUGAUAGAGAGUUUGAAAUUGACGACGAUUCUCGAUGGCCAAAAUUAGAGUUUGAUGAAGUUGACUCUGCAUUGGCUGAUACCCCAAAUGAUAAAGCUCCAGGAGACGAUGGAAUUACUGGCAAAGUUUUAAAGAUGGCAUGGCUGAAUAAAGACUUUAAGGAAAGGUUUUUCAAGCUUCUCCAAGCUUGUGUGAAGUUUGGAUACCACCCAAAAGUCUGGAGACAUGGCAUUAUUGUUGUUAUAUACCUAAACCUAAGAAACCUGACUAUUCAAAGCCAAGAGCAUACCGACCAAUUUCCUUACUUAAGAUUCCAUCUAAAGUACUGGAAAAAAUUAUACAAAAAGAAUGACCAAACUUACAACGCACUUACUUCCACCAGAGCAAUAUGGGGAAGACAAGGUUAUUGUGCUACUGAUGCUGUUUUGGAACUUAAAUUUAUUGGCAGACACAAUGGAGGAUAUGAAACUACCCAAAGCACUUAUAAACUGGACAUACCAAUUUAUGAGAAAGUGCAACUUACUUUACCUAAUGGAGAACUUCGUGAACCCCAGAAGGAAGUUAAAUUGCUUGGAAUUACUUUGAACAAUCUGCUUGAUUUUAAAUCUCAUAUUUUGAAUAAAAUCAAUAAAGCAAGAAAAGCUGUUGGUGCUAUUUGGCAUCUUGGUGGCGUGCAAAAGAACAUGGCUUUAAGAAGAAUUGUUGGUGCUUAUCGCACAACUCCUAUUGCGGUAUUACAAAAGGAAGUUGGUAUUAUGCCAUAUAGUAUUAGGCUAAAAUUUAUGGUGGCACGAAAAGCUAUUCGUUUACACCUAAAUAUUAGCAAAACUAAUCCUAUUAAUGGUCAUUUGUUAACAUUGAUUGAGAAAUCUCCAAUUGCAAAGCUAACCACGCUUUACAUGUUGGCGAAAGAUGAUAGAGACUAUAUGAUUAAAAAGGAUGAAAAACGAAAAUGCAAGAGGGUUGAACCUCUUACACUGAAACAACAACAAAAUCAGACGAUUGGAAUUUUGAAGAAACAAGCAAUGGAAGAAUGGCAAGAAAUGUAUUGGAACAGCAGUAAGGAUCUGUGGUAUCAUAAUAUCACAGUGGAGUCGAAAUGUACUGAUAAUCUUUCCAAAAUGGUUACGGGAGUGAUCAUGAAGAAAGAUAGUCGAAGGAUCUUGAGUAAUAUUACUCAGUUUCGCACAGGCCAUGGCAACUUUGGCGCAUGGUUUAAAAAGUUUGGAAUUGAAAAGGAUAGUUACAACUGCAAAUGUGGAGAGCUGGAAACAGUUCAUCACAUUUUAGUUGAGUGUCCUUUGCUUGAAGAGGAAAGAAAAGGACUGAAACGGAUAUCUCCAGAGAUGGACAUGUCGACUCUCUUAAACAGUUUAACUGGCUUACAAGAGAUUGUAAGCUUUAUCUCUGCUUGGAGGGAUUAA